AUGUUCCGUCCAAACACAACAGCUGAUCUGAACGAGUUUCCAGCCUUGGGAACCCCACCCACGAUGAACCGAACUGCGGUGACGCCAUCUAAUAAUAACAAUAGAUUGGCCAGUUAUGCUUCUACAGCAGGGAACGGGUUUCAACAGCAACAAGAAAGCCUCAUGGAAAGCAUGAACGACUUUACCAAGGGUAAUUUGGGUUCUUUUCCACCUAUACCUCCUCAUCAAGCCGCUCGAUAUAAUAAUCGAAACCUGGCACCGAGAUCUUUCUCCAUGGACGAAUUUCCUGCACUACGUAGCUCCGCAUCGCCUUUUGAUAACGCGAUAGGUAGAGAAUCAGGUGGAAAGCCUGAACAAUGGCUAGAUUAUGCUAACUUAAGAGAAGGCCAGCAACAAGCCUCUUUAGGAAAGCCAUUUUCAGAAAAGAACGACUUGUCAGAAUCAUGGACGCAGACAAGGAAACAAGACGAAUUGACAUUGAACGAUGGGAAACCUACCGAUCCAUAUGGCUUGUUGGGUCUUUUAGGGGUUAUUCGAAUGACUGAUCCCGAUCGUAGCAUGUUGGCUCUUGGUAGCGACUUGACCACACUUGGUUUAGACCUCAACACAGCAGAGUAA